AUGGUGAUUUCCACAAGAGUUAAAGUUCCUCCCAAGUUUUGUUUGUUGGAGGAACUUGAAGGACAAAAAGGAGUAGGUGAUGGUAUGGUUAGCUGGAGCCUUGAAAAUGAUGAAGAUAUGACACUUACAAGGUGGACCGGCAUGAUUAUUGGGCCAGCAAUGAUGCAUGCACGGAUCAUACCAAUAUCAGCAAAAUGGCAAAAUUCAUAUAACAUUGAAGUUGUACUUCAAGAGCUAAGAUGUCUAAUGAUGUCCAAAGAAAAUAUGAAACUCCCACAGCCACUAGAAAGACAACCAUAA